AUGGCAGGAGUGGUUGAAAAAACAAUCAGAAUCAUCACCCGGGAUGGAAAAGAGUACGAAUUGAGGCGAAACCAUGUGAAUAAAAUCAAAUACAUCAAGAAUCUAAGUGAGCUGUACAAGACGGACACAUUUGGGAUUGAAUUGGAUUCAGCCGUGUUCCAGAAGGUCUAUGAGUUUCUGGUUACACAGGAUAAGGUGGAUUUGGACGUGGAUAUUGAUCACUCUUAUGACAUCAGAGAACUCUAUUUCAGCCCAGAGGAUAUUGGGUGGUUUCGAAACUACCACCUUCAGGAUGUGAUAGACCUGUCCAAUGCGGCCAACUACCUUGAAUACGUUUAUCUGCUGGAACUGUGCUGCAAAAAGCUCUCUUUGUUGCUGCUUCACUCAAAUGGAACCAAGGAGUUUGAUUUGUAUUGA